UCAAAAACUUAUGUUGCAGAGUCCCUUUCUACACCUCUGUUAAUUUUUUCAGGACGCCGCCUCCUCCCUCUAACGCCAUACCAGUUGUUACUGUGCCGCCGUCUCCGGUCAUCAUCACGGAGCACCAGCCACCGCCGUGACGCCAUAAAACCAAUGGUUGCUGUCCAGUGUCUCUCUUGGUAAUUGCUGAAUGGACACUAGAAAACUGCUAUCCCUUUUGAGAACUUGUAAGAAUUCGAAGUCACUGAAGCAAGGCAAGCUCAUUCAUCAGAAAGCUGUAACAUUGGGAUUGCAAAAUGAUAUAUAUUUAUGCAAGAAUUUGAUUAACCUAUAUCUUUCUUUCCAUUUGUAUGAUCAUGCAAAGUGCGUUCUUGAUACCAUGAAAAACCCAUGUGAGAUAUCCUUGUGGAAUGGCCUGAUGGCUGGUUACACUAAGAAUUACAUGUAUGUGGAAGCCCUAAAGCUUUUUGAGAAGUUGUUACAUUACCCUUACCUGAAACCUGAUAGUUACACUUACCCUAGUGUUAUUAAGGUUUGUGGGGGGUUGUGUAGGUUUCUGUAGGGAAAAAUGAUCCAUACAUGCUUGAUAAAAACUGGUUUAAUGAUGGACAUUGUUGUUGGAAGCUCUCUUGUUGGAAUGUAUGCAAAAUGCAAUGCAUUUGAGAAAGCCAUAUGGCUGUUCAAUUAAAUGCCUGAGAAGGACGUGGCAUGCUGGAAUACCGUAAUUUCUUGUUAUUACCAAAGUGGAAACUUCAAAGAAGCCCUACGGUAUUUUAGCCUGAUGAGGAAAUUUGAAUUUGAACCUGAUUCAGUUACAAUCACAACUUCUAUUUCCUCGUGUGCCAGACUUUUGGAUUUGAACAGGGGAAUGGAAAUUCACAAGGAGUUGGUUAAUAGUGGGUCUCUGCUGGACAGUUUCAUUACCUCUGCUCUUGUUAACAUGUAUGGAAGAUGUGGUCACCUUGAAGAGGCUCUAGAGGUUUUUGAGCAGAUGCCUAAAAAGACUGUUGUUGCUUGGAAUUCCUUGAUUAGUGGAUAUGGUUUGAGAGGUGACAGCAUAUCAUGCAUUCGCCUUUUCAAGAGGAUGUACAACGAAGGAGUCAAGCCAUCUUUGACUACUUUAUGUAGUUUAAUGAUGGUUUGUUCACAAUCUGCUCGACUACUAGAGGGAAAGUUUGUACAUGGAUAUAUAAUACGAAACAGAAUACAACCUGAUGUUUUUAUUAUUGGUUCACUUAUGGAUCUAUACUUCAAAUGUGGAAGGGUAGGGUUAGCGGAAAACAUCUUUAAAUCAAUACCAAAGUCCAAGGUAGUUUAUUGGAAUAUCAUGAUUUCUGGAUAUGUGACUGAAGGGAAACUAUUUGAAGCCCUUGCCCUGUUUAGUGAAAUGAGAAAAUCUUAUGUUGAGCCAGAUGCUAUUACUUGUACCAGUGUUUUAGCAGCUUGUUCUCAACUAGCAGCACUAGACAAAGGUAAAGAGAUUCAUAAUCUGAUCAUGGAGAAAAAAUUGGACAACAAUGAAGUGGUUAUGGGAGCUCUCCUGGAUAUGUAUGCAAAGUGUGGCGCAGUAGAUGAAGCAUUCAGUGUUUUCAACUGUUUGCCAGAAAGAGAUCUUGUGCUCUGGACUUCAAUGAUUACUGCUUAUGGGUCCCAUGGUCAGGCCUAUGAAGCUUUGGAGCUUUUUACUGAAAUGCUGCAAUCCAACGUAAAACCUGAUAGGGUUUCUUUUCUUGCUAUAUUAUCCGCUUGUGACCAUGCUGGGUUGAUUGAUGAGGGAUGCCAUUACUUCAAUCAAAUGAUGAAUGUUUAUGGCAUUAAACCUGGAGUUGAACAUUAUUCAUGCUUGAUUGAUCUUCUUGGACGUGCUGGAAGAUUGCAUGAAGCAUACGAGAUUCUACAUAGAAACCCUGAAAUCAGGGAUGAUGUUAGGUUGCUAAGCGCAUUAGUUUCUGCAUGCCGUUUGCACAAAAAUAUUGAUCUAGGAGUUGAAAUUGCUAGAAUUCUUAUCGAUAAGGAUCCUGAUGAUUCAUCAGCCUACAUUCUCUUGUCAAAUAUGUAUGCUUCUGCACAUAAAUGGGAUGAGGUACGGAAGGUGAGAUCAAAGAUGAAGGAGCUUAGGUUAAAGAAGAAUCCAGGGUGUAGUUGGAUUGAGAUUAACCAAAAGAUCCUGCCUUUUUUUGUUGAAGACAAUUCACACUUGCAUCUAGAAUCUGUUAAUAAAUGCCUUUCAUAUCUCACUGGUCACAUGGAUGAUGAGUCUAAACCAUUUAUAUAUCAUUUUGAUGUUGAAACACUGAGACUUUGCUAGUUUUACAAUUAGCUUGGAAGCUGCAGGGGAUGGCAAUCCUAAGACAAUGAUUCUUUGUGUGAGUAACUGGCCUUUACAUAAUCCAGAAAAGGACCAAAAAUAGCACAAAAAUAAAUUCGCCUUUGCUUUGCUGGAUUGCUAGCUGGAUUAAAGAGGCUACCUUUCAUAAUACAUGGAAGAAAAUGUACUUUAUUCAAAUGCUCAUCUAAUUUUUUCUAUUUAAAGUGUAUGCUCACAAAGAAUGAGAUCUUCUCUCUUUUAGAGGUCAAAUAACUAACAAAGUUGAGCUUUAGAGCUGAUAGAUUUGCUAGUUAGCACAAGAGCAUUGUAUUCUUACGUAGGGCAAUUAAAUUUGUGGCUUAUCUAUUCUUACUGUUUACUUUAUCUAUACCAUUUUGUUUACAGUUGUAAUCAAUCUCCCCUGUAACUAUCAUGUGUCAACCUUUUCAACCUUUUUUUCCUGCCCAUUUGAUGGUUGUUUCCUAAUGUUAUGUAAAAGAUGGGUAAUAAUUAAAUGGGUGCUUGUUUUUAAUUUUCCCCCACUUUGUUAUCAUAGACAUUGUCAAACUAACUUUGGUAUUGUGUUAUAUAAAUUUGGUGUGUCUAAGUGAGCUUUUAAGCAGUGAUUGAAUGAAAUCUAUUUGGUCCCUGAAUGAAAUUUAUAAGGUUUUAGCCGUUAGAUACAUUUAUGAAUUAAUGUUUGAUUGAGAUUAUUACUGUUACUUAAUAAUCCAUGUUAUUGCAAAAUUAGUUAUUUGGUUCCUGAAUAAAACUUUUAAAAGUUUAAAAAUUGCUAGUGAUACUAGGGAUUUGAGGAUAAAAAAGAAAGAGUAGGAAGAUGGGAUUUUGUAGUCUUGGAACGAAAUUGUCACUAAGUCAAAGCAAUAGAAGAGUGAAAGGGUUAUGAGAUGAUAUGAUUGCAUGUUGAGAGGCGAAUGGGGAACGUUCCAACCUUCAAUUUGAGGCCACCACUGCUGGUAAAUGAACUAGCAGCAAUUUCCAUGGGCAGAUCUGAGCAAUUGGAAUAUGAAAGAGCAGAACUCCUUUGGGAGAUGGUGAUGUUGCUACGAUGAUGAAUCUAAUCUCCAAAUUUUCUCUACUUUGAAUCGUUCAGGAUCAGCAACUUGAUUUAAUGAUUGUUGCUUGGUAUGUCAAAUUGUCACUAAGUCAAAGCAAUAGAAGAGUGAAAGGGUUAUGAGAUGAUAUGAUUGCAUGUUGAGAGACGAAUGGGGAACGUUCCAACCUUCAAUUUGAGGCCACCACUGCUGGUAAAUGAACUAGCAGCAAUUUCCAUGGGCAGAUCUGAGCAAUUGGAAUAUGAAAGAGCAGAACUCCUUUGGGAGAUGGUGAUGUUGCUACCGAUGUUGAAUCUAAUCUCCAAAUUUUCUCUACUUUGAAUUGUUCAGGAUCAGCAACUUGAUUUAAUGAU